GUGAAGCUGGUAAAGGAGUGCUCUGGUUCGGAUGGACAGAGUGUCAGCUCACGGGAUUCUCCUGCACCUUCUCCAGUCCCCAGUUCAGACAGCUUCUCUGCAGACACUGGUUUAUUGCCUCCAUCUACAAUACCUCCAAAGCCUGGGGAGCCAGCUGUUCGGGCCAAGUCAAACUCCAUCAGUGAGCAGCUAGCAAACCCAGAUGUAGCAAAGGCAAAGCUUAUUUCUCGGAUGGCUAAAAUGGGACAGCCCAUGCUGCCUUUCCUGGCUGGGACAGCAGGUAGUCAACUGGACUCCAGUGACUCGGAGAUAGAGGAUCCAAAUACACUCAGAGGGACAGCACAACCAGUGGCUUCAUCUUCUGUGAGAUCAGCACAGCCAGCUCAUGCAGUACUGCCCACAGUGUCCACACAAGUACCUCAGGCAUCUGGUUCUGCACCUCCAGUAUCUUCUGCUGCUUUAAUUCCUGCAACAAUCCAGCCCCAUUCAGCUCUGCCUGGAGGAGCACAGGGCUUUCAGGCAUAUCCAGGAAUGGCAUUUGCUUACCCACAAACUGCUGCAUCUGCUUCUCAACUCCAGCCUGUAGGACAGAUGUAUCCUGCACCUUACCAAGCUCCUGGGGAUGUUACUUCCUUCUUGAUGACAGAAGCUCGGCAGCAUAACACUGAAAUCCGAAUGGCUGUUAGCAAAGUGGUAGAUAAGAUGGAUCAUCUGGCUGCCAAGGUGGAGGAGUUGAGGAAACAAAACGCUGGUAACAGCUCACUCCUGCCUGGUAUCUCCUCUGUUACUAUGGAAGCCUCCAUGAUCAUGAGCAAUAUCCAACGCAUAAUCCAGGAGAAUGAGAGGCUGAAGCAAGAGAUAUUUGAGAAGAGUAGUCGGAUUGAGGAGCAGAAUGAGAAGAUCAGCGAGUUGAUUGAGCGGAAUCAGAGAUACGUCGAGCAAAGUAACUUGCUAAUGGAGCAGAGGAACCAUUCCCUGCAAACAACAACUGAAAACACACAGGCAAGAGUGUUGCAUGCAGAGCAGGAGAAGGCCAAAGUUGCAGAGGAGUUGGCAGCUGCCACAGCACAGGUUUCCCAGCUGCAGCUGGAGCUGACUGCCCACCAGAAGAAGGAGAUGGACCUGCGGAAGCAGCUCUCUGCUGCCCUGCAGGAGGCCGAGCGGCAUGAGAUGCAGCUCAACAAGCUGCAGGCACAGUUAGCAGAGCUUCAAGAAGCCUCUGAGGACACUCAGACCAGAUUCAAAGCUGAGAAGCAGAGCCGCAAACAGCUGGACAUGAAGAUCUCAGCACUGGAAGAAGAGCUGACAGACCUGAAAGUGGAGAAGGAGACCCUUGAAAGGAAUCUUGCAGAGAGGAAGAAGAAAUCCCUGACGGAGAGAGCUCAGGCAGAGGAGGAGAUGGAAGAAAUCCGCAGAUCCUAUCAGCAGGAGCUGGACAAGCUUCGACAGCUGCUGAAAAAGGCGCGGACUUCGACUGACCAGGCAGCAGCAGAGCAGCUGUCACUUAUUCAGGCAGAGCUGGAAUCCCAGUGGGAAGCUAAAUGUGAACGCACGCUGGCCUCGGCCAAGGAGCAGCACUUGAGACAGUACCAGGAGGUGUGUGAGCAGAGAGAUACGCUGCAGCAGCAGGUGUCCCAGUUGGAAGAGAAGCUCGCAGCUCUAAAGCACUCGAAAAAAGCAGAGGAGCAAAAAUUGUCUGAGUUCCAGCAACGUUUGGAGCAACUGGAGCCUAUCAAAGAGAAGUGUUCAGCCUUGCAGUCUGAUAUUGUGGUGCAGAAGGCUCACUAUGAAGAACGCAUCCGGGACCUGGAGAGGGAUCAGGCUGGAUCUUCACCUGCAGACUUCACAGAAGAAGUAAAGAAGAUAAUGAAUGGGGUGUUUCAGUCUCUUCGGGGUGAAUUUGAGCUGGAGGAAACAUACAGUGGCAGGACAGUUCUGGGUGUUGUCAUGAACACUAUUAAGACUGUAACACUGCAGCUACUCAGCAGGCAGCAGGAGAAACCAGAUCAGGACAGUGAAAAGGAGGAAUCUGGACCAGGAGCAGCGAGACAGGAGGAAUCACCUGGAGCAAAGCCUGACCAUGAAGAGGUUGUGCAUCAUAGCCCAGCACAGAGUGCCACGUUCCCAGCUGAUCCAAGGGAAGCAGCCACAGGCUCUGUGGUGCCUGGCCAGGAAGAUGAGUCUGCUCCUCUGUCUGCUAGGCCCACCGCUUCUGAGGAGGAGCCGGUGACACAGAGCAGUGGGGUGGCAGAAGAGGAGAAGAUCCAGGGGGAACAUCUCUCUUCCACAGCUGAAUCCCACCUGGAUCCUGAUAAGGAGCCUGUGCUUGCAGGACAGCCUGUUCCUGAGGUAGAUGAGGACUUUGUCCCAGCUGAGCAAAGACAGGAGAGCAGUCCCAUCAGGAAAGCUGAGACUGAACGCAGUCCCUCCAGAGUGUCUUUGCAGGCAGAAGUUGCAGAACCCUCUGUUCUUGAGGCCAAGCCAGAAGCAGAUGUGGCAGUGCUUCCAGGAAAGCCAGCUGUGGAGCAGAAGGUAGAGAAGCCUGUGGGAGGUUUAGAGCCCCCUCCCUUAAAUGGUGAGGGAGGGAACUGCACAGACCCAUUGGAUGGAACCACCUCCCAGAAGGAGCCACCUUUGGCAUCCAACACAGCAGAGCUGAGCUCAGCUGUCAGCAGAGAAACCCCAGGACAGCAGGAACUGGACUCCAGCCCCCAGCAGAAAGAUUCCAGCCUCUUUGAGGAUGACAACUUCUUUGAAACAGCAUCUCAGAAACCACUGAAGCCUCGAGUUUCCUCUGAAGAGGAGGAUGAGGAGGAAGUGAGCAUGAAGGGGCGUCCCCCUCCAGCUCCACUCUUUGGUGAUGAUGAUGACGAUGAUCUGGACUGGUUGGGAUGA